AUGACUAAACGACAAAUGUUCUGCAAUCAACCCUGGGAUACGGACAAGCAGAUCCGGUUACGACUGUUGCUGGCACCGCCAGUCAACAUCUUUUCUUGGAUGCGAGAAAACAGGAGAUUUCUACAGACCUCUAUGGUUCAUUCUGUCAGACCGCGUACAAUAGACUCUACAACAACAAAUAUCUUCCUCAUGCUUGGCGUCGAGGUACGCGGCACGCGGCCCCAAUGGACUUGCGGCUCUUUUGGCUGUGUCGUCUGUCUAUACGACACGGACAGUUCUAAAUUGAGAGCAGCUAAAAUAUUUCAGUUGCGAAACCGUACGCACGACUACUGCUAUCGAGUCUACAGGGAAUUAUACUGGUGGAGUAAGCUUCAUAGUAGCUUUGUGUUAAGCCUCUAUGGAACUUUCCAGAUAGACGAUCGAAUCUGCGCUGUUACCGAAGAUGUAUUUGGUUCGUUGCUGUGUUAUAUACAGACCCACCCUUUCCCCUCGGAGGAACGCGUGUGUGCUAUAAUGCUUGACCUAUGCCGGGCACUUCACUACUUGCACAAUAAGAAGGUAGCGCACACUGGUCUCUCCAUGGAUAAUAUCUUGAUUUGCCGUGACUUGACUGUCAAACUCUCGGGUUUCUCCUUUUGCGUUAAUGCAGAAAACCCUAGUCGAUCGUUUGAAUUAUCCAGCUCUGAACGAACUGUAUAUAGUGCACCCGAAACUUGCCAUGGUACGAUUUUCCCGUUCAAAUUGGAUAUCUACGCUCUUGGAGUCCUAGAAUUCACCUUGAUGACGCACAAAUAUCCGUUCAGCGAGCAACGAGUCGAUGACGAUACGUUCCUGGAAGAACGAUUCAGCAUCUGGGAGAAGAUAGAAGACUACUAUUACAGGAACGCGAAGCUUCGAAACAACGAAGAACUUCUGAAGGACUUGUUAAACUUCUACCCACAAUAUCGGCCAAGGAUUGGUAUGGUAGAACAGAAGGUUCGUUGGUGGAAGAAGCGAUUACUUGAAGGCAGAGAAUCUCCUAUUCUUUCAGAACGCUGA